AAGAUGUGCUCAGAUAAGAGAAAAAAUUGUAUGAAAAUAACACUAAAAAACCAAAAAACCCUCCCAUGUGAGACAAAAAAGAAGUUACUUUCUAGGACACAAUUACUGCACCAGGUGCAAAUUACACAGAAAUAGUUCUUUCUGUGAAAGAAAGGUUCAUUUUAAACACAGAUAAACUCUUUACUGGUUAGCUUUUCAGUGCUUAACUCUCCAUUUUUGCACAGCUGUGUUAAAUUUCCCAUUUCUUAAUGUAGACAUGAUCUGUGAUGCCCCUAUUUUCCCAAUAAUUGGAACCAUUUUAAACUGUUCUUUCCAGGAAAUAUCUCAGAAAAACAUCAGAGCGUAACUGAAGUAUUUUAAAUUUGUCAAGCAGUUAAUUUUGGCAACACAACUACAACACAGUGAGCAUUCGAAUAGGUAAUGGUGCUGCAUUAAUAGCAAUAACAGAAAUGGAAGCGCUACCGGAGAAAAUGACGCAAGACAGUGCAAACAGAAAUGGCCUGAAAGGAAAAACAAAAUCAGACUGGUAAAUAAAAGCUGUGCUACUGUCACGUUCAUUUAACAAUACAGGAAAAGUGUCGUCAGUUCAUUGCAAACAUUCAGAUCAAAUAUCCGAAGACUGGACGCUGUAGACGUUGGUUUUAAAGACUGGAUCAAUAGACUGAUCAAACACCUAAUAGCUGUGUUUUGAAUGGCGGCAGCUCCAUUCUUAGAAAAAAAAAAUUGAGUGAAUUUUCUGCUCCAUUUUCUUCACCAGCAGCCUCCCGCAUGACACACCCACCUCGCCUAACACACUUUCCCACAUGCGCACACAGAACACCCACAAUAAGGAAAACACCGUCCACCAUAAAACUGUUCAAAGUGCCUUCAUGUCACAAACAAAUCACCAUUUCCCAAAGCCCAACCCAUCCUCUGCUCGCACUAACCAUCGGUUUUCAGCACAUUUAUGACUUUACUGCCUGGCCCUCCAGUUCAUUUACACAGCCUUGAAUUUAAGAGGAUGGGCAUGUGCUUCCUGACAGGUUGAAUUAUUCUGAAUCAUUUCACUUAAGGGCCCAGAUGCUAACUGUCUGUUGCCCUUCACUGAGAAGGCAAUUAAGGUGGCCUGGUGCCGGCUAAAUGCCCCCCAGCUUCUGCAUGGGUGAGUACGUCUUGUUAUCUGCAUCUCUGUCAUGAUGUCGUAUGAACCUCGCCCCCCUGUGUGCCCAUACACAUCCUCCCAUUUGUGGCCACCACCUCUUUUUUUUUUUUUGGCAUCACCUGUCUCUGUGCCUCAGACCUGCUUGUGCACAUGAUGGCGAGAGAAACCCGGCUCUUCUGCAGCCACUUUACCGCCUCGGAAAAGAUUCCAAACGGAGACUUUGCUGUUUUAAAGACGUUGUAGAUAAACGGAGAGGACAAAAGGUCAGCAGUGUGCAUAUUUCCAGGCAGGACUUUUCUUCGACCUUCAAACUAUGUCAUGGUAAACUGGAGGCGGUGCUACCAGUUUAGUGAACUCAUCUGAAGAGAUGCAGCUGGCUGUCAAGGACUGCAUUGCUCUCAUCAUCUACAUCUUGACCUUUCUGCUCGGCCUUCCUGCCAACCUGCUCGUCUUCUUUGUGUACAUGCGCAAGGCUCGUAAACAUGGUGCCACACCCAACGUGGUCUACGCCCUCAACUUGUGUCUGGCCAACUUGGGGCUGUUAGUCUGGCUGCCUGUCAAGACUCUGGAGACUUUGCUUCAGGACUGGAGGCUGCCUGCUCCCGUGUGUCUUGUCUACAACUUCUUCCUCUUCUCGUCCCUGUAUGGCAGCUGUCUGUUCAUCACUGCUGUAACAGCGGGUCGUUACUUCAGCAUAGCAUUCCCGAUUGUCUACAAGAGAUGGCGCUGUGCUCGUAACUCCUGCAUCAUCAGCGCUGUCUUGUGGCUGUUGGUGGUGCUACACCUCAGCCCUGGCGUGAUGGUCGAAGAAGGGGGUUUUUUUGUUUCCACAGGUAAUAACUCCUCAGUUUGCUAUGAAGUUUUUAGUGCGUCCCAGCUGGCCGUGCUGCUGCCACUCCGCCUGGAGAUGGCCAUCACCCUGUUUCUUUUGCCUCUGAUUGUGUCAACUUUUUGCACGAUGCGCUGCGUCACGCUGGUGUGGCGCUCGAAAUUGUCCCCCAUGGGAAAAAGAAGAGUGCUGGCUGUUGCGCUGUCCACGCUCGCUGUGUUUGUGGUUUGCUACGCACCCUACAACGCCUCACAUGUCGUGGGGUUUGUGAUGGGGGAGAACGUGAAGUGGAGGACGUACGCUAUGCUGACGAGCACCUGUAACGUAUUCCUGGACCCUGUGGUCAUGCUGAUGCUAUCUCCAGUCAUGUCAAGAGGCAUCUUGGGAAGAAUCUGUGGACGGCAAAGCCAGUUCAGCCACAAGGGGGGUUCUCGGUACCGGUGUAAAGCCAUCAGUGAAGCUUCAAAAGUUAGACCACCAACUGUCCCAUCUGAGGGGAGCAAACCUGGGGCUUAGAUGACCUGAGAGUGUCACAAGGAGACUGUGCAACAAAUUCAAAAGAAGAAAUGGUGCAAAAACAUUUAGUCUGAUAUGACCACUCUUCAUGUACCAGUAACCUCUGCAAACAGACCCAGUAAACCUCCUCCACACUGACUGUCCAGCUACAUGAAGUCUGUUAAUUCAGAGCUGACUGGCUUCUUCAAAGCUUUGUGUCAUCAGGCGUUAACGACCUGUUUAGACCAAAUGUUUCUAAAGAAAAGAGAUGAUGUAAAAGCCUAUUUUGCAGACUGAAUACAGCUGUAAGGUACUGCUGUGUCACAUGUAAUGUUUUGCUGAUUCUUGUAACAUCCUGGUUUUGGAUUAAAAUGAUGUAUGGAUAGUAUGUGAAAUCAUUGUUUUUGACCAGGCACACUGUGUAUGUUUAAACAUUUUAUUUCAGAUUUCAUGAGGAAUGUUUAUCGGCUGAUUUUAAAUGGCUCCAUCUGGUGUCUCAAGCUGUAAAAGCUCACUUUAAAAUCUGUCAUGUUUUGGAAAGUGUUCAGUAUUAUAAGACAUUUCUCACAGGUGAAGCUAAUCACAACACAGCUGCCUUGAUUUUCAGUGGCAGAAUUAUCAGCACGGCAACAUGAAACAAAUCUUUAAUGUUAUUAGUUACACCUGUGUGUGUGUACAUGUUUAGAUAUCUUUUUGAGGACAGAA